GAUCAUCUGUGUUGGACGGAGGUGGUUUGAGGAGGACGAGAAUACUUCAAUUUGAUUCUAAUUUGAUUCUGUGUGACAGAAGCGACUUUUCUUCCCACGUUUUUCUUCUUGUCACAGAAAAAAUGCUACCGAAUUGCAUCAGGAAUGUCGCCGCGCAAUCGUCCCGACGAAAUGUUGCUUCAUUUUUCUUAAGCAAGAAAAAUAAUUAUGCCACUGAAGCUUCCUUCGAGACCAAGCCCUUCCGUCUACACAAAUUGGACAACGGCCCAUCCACUCAAGUCACAGUCAAUCGAGAUGAUGCCAUCCAAAUGUUUAAGCAUCUGCACACUAUACGUCGUAUAGAAACAGCAGCUGGUAACUUGUAUAAGGAAAAGAUUAUUCGAGGUUUCUGUCACUUGUAUUCUGGACAAGAAGCUUGCGCGGUUGGCAUGAAAGCUGCAAUGAAACCCCAGGAUGCUGUAAUCACUGCUUAUCGUGCGCAUGGAUGGACUUACUUGAUGGGUAUAGAACCGUUUGGCGUCUUCGCGGAACUCACGGGUAGACAAGGCGGCAAUGCCAAAGGCAAGGGUGGCUCAAUGCAUAUGUACUGUGAGAAUUUCUAUGGUGGAAACGGCAUCGUUGGUGCACAGGUGCCACUAGGAGUCGGAAUCGCCUUUGCACAAAAAUAUUUGAAUACUGGUGGUGUCUGUCUGGCGUUGUACGGCGACGGUGCAGCCAAUCAGGGACAGGUGUUCGAAGUAUACAACAUAGCAAAACUGUGGGACGUACCUUGUAUCUUCAUUUGCGAGAACAACGGAUACGGGAUGGGCACCAGUGCGGAGCGUGCUGCAGCAAGCACAGAUUAUUACACCAGAGGCGAUUAUGUUCCUGGAAUAUGGGUGGACGGAAUGGAUGUGUUAGCCGUAAGAGAAGCUAUGAGAUUCGCCAGAGAUCAUUGCACAUCCGGCAAGGGGCCGAUUAUCCUGGAGACUGCGACGUACAGGUACAGUGGGCACAGUAUGUCGGAUCCUGGUACGAGCUACCGUACGCGAGAAGAGGUGCAAGAAGUACGACAGACCCGGGAUCCUCUGACUAGUUUUAAAGAGAGGAUUCUCAAUGCUAAUCUCGUUACUGCGGAGGAAAUCAAAGCGAUAGAAGGUGAAAUCAGAAAAUCAGUGGAUGACGCCAUGAAAGCUGCCAAGGCCGACAAAGAAAUUCCAUUGAGCGAACUCACUGCCGACAUUUACACGACGUGUCUAGAAAAAGAAAUUCGAAACAUAACUCCGUUUAAUCCUCUAUCGCACACCAGAUUAGGACCAGCCGUGAACGCUUAAAACUGCUCAAAGAUUAUUUCCUAAAAUAUUGCAUAUUUUUCGGUCACGUGCUAAUUCAUAGACUCACAAACUAGUUGUAGAGACAUGUACAUUUAUAUGAUUCUUUAAUCGAGGGUGUAUAAUAUUACUACGCUGUGAAGAAAACUGAACUAUUUAAACAGAUUAAUUCAAGCACGAUUUUAAUAAAUCGGUGUUUACAACCGUGAUUCACAAAUGUGUAUAAUUUUUCUGUUAUAAUUAUUAGAUGUCUACAUAUUAAAAAGAUCUGUACUUCUCUAAUUUGAUAAAUUAAAUUUAUUUAUUAUC